AUUUGAGAGGAGGUUUCAUUAGGUGUUCGGACGAUAUAUUCAUUCUCUUACAGUGAGAUGGAGUCCACCUCCCAUAAAUUUAUGGAAAAGCAUCUUCUAAUUUUCCAUUUGAGAGAGAUGAAGGAUAACGACAAAACAAGGAUCAACGUAAAGCAUAGUAGAUGGGCUUAAGAGUGAAUUUCUGGAGCCAGACCUCACUCUUGAUACCUAAACGACUGCUUCUUCCAUCUCAUCCUCUUCCCAGGUCAUCAUCUUCUCUUCACACUUACAGUUUACCAGCCCACAGAAAACCACUCGUGAGAGCAAUUGCCAGUUCCACAGAAGCAUUAGCGCCAGCGAAAAUGGUCAAAGCUAUUAGGGUUCAUGAGCUUGGUGGACCUGAGGCCUUGAAGUGGGAAGAUGUGGAGAUAGGAGAGCCAGGUGAGGGUGAGAUACGUGUGAAAAACAAAGCCAUUGGGGUUAACUUCAUUGAUGUGUAUUUCAGAAAAGGAGUAUAUAAGGCUCAAUCAAUGCCAUUCACCCCAGGUAUGGAGGCUGUUGGAGAAGUGAUAGCUGUGGGCCCUGGACUUACUGGUAGGAACAUUGGAGAUAUUGUAGCCUAUGCUGGCAAUCCUAUGGGCUCAUAUGCUGAAGAGCAGAUCCUUCCUGCAAAAAAGGUUGUGCCCGUUCCUUCCUCCAUCAGUCCUGUUAUUGCAGCAUCUGUUAUGCUUAAGGGAAUGACUACUCAGUUCCUAGUCCGCCGUUGCUUCAAGGUUGAACCUGGGCAUACCAUCCUUGUUCAUGCUGCAGCUGGUGGAGUUGGCUCUCUCUUAUGCCAGUGGGCACAUGCCCUGGGUGCCACUGUCAUUGGAACCGUCUCAUCCAAGGAGAAGGCGGCACAAGCCAAGGAUGAUGGAUGUCACCAUGUAAUAAACUAUAAAGAAGAAGAUUUUGUUCUCCGUGUCAAUGAGAUCACAUCAGGCAGGGGUGUCAAUGUUGUCUAUGAUUCUGUGGGGAAAGACACCUUUCAGGGAUCACUGGCAUGCCUGAAGACUCGUGGGUACAUGGUGAGUUUUGGGCAGUCAUCAGGUACACCAGAUCCACUUCCAUUGUCAGCGCUUGCACCAAAAGCACUGUUCUUGACAAGGCCUUCCCUCAUGCUCUACACUGAAACUCGAGAUGAGCUGCUGGAAACUGCUGGAGAGGUAUUUGCCAACAUUGCUUCAGGUGUAUUGCGAGUUCGAGUAAACCAUACAUACCCUUUGUCUGAGGCAGCACAAGCACAUGCGGACCUCGAGAGUCGGAAAACAUCUGGGUCAAUUGUAUUGAUACCAUGAAGCAAAUGUUUAGUUGCCAGCUAUGCUCAACUCUUCAUUGAGGAAUCUACUCUUGGUGAUUUGCACUUUAUUAGUGCCAGGUUGUGUAAGAUAAAUAAUGUGUGUUAUGGCAGUUGGAAAAAGAAAUCACAACAUGCAAGGAUAAUUUUCAUUAUGUGUAAUAAAAGGUUUUGCAUCAUCCUCAA